GAAUGGAGCUCAUUAUGCAUGCAGCCUCCACGCAGCUCCAUUCACAAGCAACGCUCCCUCCUCUCUGUGCAGGCUGCGUGGAUCUCACUCACUUCAGCCUAAAUGACCACAAACGGUUAACGGAUGGAUUAUAAGAUGGAUGGAUAUUUGGACCAGCAAGUGCCUUACACUUUAGCAAAUAAGUCGCAAGGAAAUGGGCCCCUAAAUAGACUGUUGAUGGCAGCGAAAAGGAAAUACAUGGACACAGAAUUACCCCCUCAGGAAUCUGAAGACCUCUUCCAGGAUUUAAGCCAACUCCAAGAGACAUGGCUCACAGAAGCUCAGGUUCCUGACAGUGACGAGCAAUUUGUUCCUGAUUUCCAUUCUGAGAACUCGGUGGCAUUUCACAGCCCUCCAGUCACUAUCAAGAAGGAACCGCAGAGCCCAGGCUCUGACCCCAGCCAGUCCUGUAGCCACAAGCAGAGCUUCAGCUACCCCAAUGGAGAGCAGUGCCUUUAUGCCAGUGCCUAUGAGCAGAAAAGGGCUGCAGGAGGAGCCAAGAGCUCCUGCCCAGGGACCCCCAUGUCUCCCAUGCAGCAGCAUUACUCCCCGAAACCUGCCACAGCCGGACGGCCCGAUGCUGGCUACAUGAACCCUGCUGCCACCACCCAGCCGCUGCCCAGCAACAGUUACCCCAUCAACACCAGUUCCAGGUAUCAGGGCCCUUCAGGAGACCCCAUGUGCCCCCAGUUCCCCCCACCAGGGCAAGCUUUUCAGCGUAUGCCAUCUGCACCAGCAGGACAUGGCGGCAGUGGAGCCGGUGGAGGUGCGGGUUAUCAUCGGCAGCACUCUGACCCCUGCAUGCCCUACCUGCAGCAGAGCUUUAAGCAAGAAUACCUGGACCCGUUGUACGAGCGGGCGGCUCACAUGGCGGGGCCUGGGCAUGGGAGCGGGCCGGGACACGGCCACAGCCAUGGUCAUGGAUCUCACCCCCACCCACAUCCACAUCCACACCCACACCCACACCCACACCCACACCGGUUCCCACCAGCCCACAUGAUGGUCAAGCAGGAGCCCACAGACUACACCUACGAACCUGAUGUGCCUGGAUGCCCCUCUAUGUACCACCACAGUGAGGGCUACCCAAACCCCCAGCACAGCAAUGAAGGCUAUCUGUUUGAAAAUGACUCCCGUGUGGUUCCAGAGAAGUUCGAAGGUGAGGUGAAGCAGGAGGGGGGUGGCGUUUUUCGUGAGGGCACACCUUACCAGCGCCGUGGCUCUUUGCAGCUCUGGCAGUUUCUGGUGGCCCUGCUGGACGACCCGGGUAAUGCCCACUUCAUCGCCUGGACCGGCCGCGGCAUGGAGUUCAAACUCAUUGAACCUGAAGAGGUUGCCAGGCUGUGGGGUAUGCAAAAGAACCGUCCAGCCAUGAACUACGACAAGCUCAGUCGCUCUCUGCGCUAUUACUACGAGAAGGGAAUCAUGCAGAAGGUGGCAGGGGAGCGCUAUGUUUACAAGUUUGUUUGUGAGCCCGAGGCCCUCAUCUCCCUGGCCUUCCCCGACAAUCAGCGGCCCAGCCUGAAGGCCGAGUUUGAGCGCUACGUCAACGAGGAGGACACAGUGCCCCUGUCCCACCUGGACGAGGGAGUGCCCUACACCACGGAACAAGCCCCCCAAAACAUGGGCCCCCAGCCCUACUCCAAAGGCUACAUGUACUAAAGCCAGCCCCCGACUCUCUCUCCUUUCUCCCCGCCUUCAGAAAUCUUCCUGUUGUACCUACCCAUCAUCAUACACACCCCGAAACCCCAUGCACCUCUUGCACAUGCCCACCCCAUCCACUUGUAUAUAAGGCUAUGGUGUUUUUGUUUUAAAUUAAUCUCAUUAGGGAUUUUUUUUUUGUUUUGUUUUGUUUUUAAGAGCUGCAUUCCUCUCACAUCUGAGGCCUAUUCAAUCCAUAAACAUGACUGUGGUUGAAGAGAUUGCUUAAUAAAUACCCAUAAUAAUA